AUGCAGACUGCUUCUACAAACAUUUGUGAAAGACUGUGCAAUAAGUCCAUCCGUGACAUUUCCUUGCUACUGAAUAUUCCACGGUCAACUGUUGGAUGUAUAACAAAGUGGAAGCAACUGGGAACAACAGCAACUCAGCCACGAAGUGGUAGGCCACGUAAAAUGACAGAGCGGGGUCAGCGCAUGCUGAAGUACACAGAAGUCGCCAACCUUUCUGCAGAGUCAAUAGCUAAAGACCUCCACUUCGUGUGGCCUUCAGAUUAGCACAAGAACAGUGCCCCUUCCGCGGCUUUAACAGGCCGUUCUGUCCCACUGGAGACAAAGUAUGAUACAUUAAAUUAUCCAUAGGCAAAGCUUUAAAAGC